AUGUAUCAAAAUGAUUCGGAGUUCAUAUUACAACGGCUAAAUCAGUCGAUGGUAAGGGAGGAAACAACACAACCCAAGGAACCUACACAAGCGGGUAAAUACCCUACAGUAAAUCUCCCACAACUACCACUGCCCACAUUCAGUGGGAAUCCAAGACGCUGGAGGGAAUUUUGGAAUAGCUUUGAUACAGCUAUACAUCAACAAGCAAUUCCCGAUAUCCAUAAACUAAACUAUUUCAUCUCAUGUCUCAAAGGAGAUGCCCUCCAAGCUAUCAGAGGUUAUGACAUAACUCCGGAGAAUUACAGUAUCGUAAGAAAUGUCCUCGUCAAAAAGUUUGGGCAGCCUUACGCCAUCAAACGAGCCUUGUUCACCGAAUUAUACUCCAUCAAAAAGAACGAUAGAGAGUGGAAAGCAACGCUUGAGGCCAUUGAGCGAACACUUCGACAAUUGGAGGCCAUCGGUGAGAAUUUAGAGCAGUCCGGUAUCGAAAUAGCUGUGGAAGGGAAAUUGCCAACCUGGAUCCUAGAACAGGUUUACAGAAGAAAGAGGCAGGAAUCGUGGUCUGUCACCAAACUCCGAAACUUCCUCACGGAGCUUGCAUCUGUGAACGAAGAAGUAGUACAAAGCCAGUCCCUAUGGUUUAAAGGGAAUAUGGAGAAUCAAUCUCCAAUAAAAGGCAAGCCAAGACCACGACACGAUCCUAAUGAGACUUCAGCCUUAACAACCUCUGUUCCGGAGAAACCCAUCAUCAAAGCCCUAUCAAGACCUUGUGCACUAUGCAACAAGAAUCACUGGGAUGAAGAGUGCCAGAUUUAUCCCACUCUCAAACAAAGGCUGGAACGUCUGAAGAAACUAAACGCUUGCCUCAACUGCUUCAAGAUCGGACAUAUGGCAGCCAAAUGCAAAAACAAGAAACGGAAUUGCUUCCACUGCAAGGGUCAGCACAAUUCCGCGCUGUGCCCUAACAAAUUCAAGGAAAUGCCCAAAAACCAGAGGAUCCAGACUCCACUACCACGACAAAUAUAA